UGUCACGAGCAUGCGCGCAUGUCCGUUUAGUGCUAUUUUCUUCGGUAUCGCGUCACAUGACCUGAUUUGUUCCCGUGACCAAAAUUGAAGGAAAAUUCAAAAUAUUUUUAAGAAAUUGACUUAAAGUUCUUAAUAUGGACAUGCUAGACCCACUGAACACUAGUGGCGAGGAAGAAAUUGAAACCAAGGUUGUGAUCACUCCAAAUUUAAGGCAAGCAAAAGUUGUUCUCAAUCAAACUUUAAAUAUUGUGGAGGACCAGGGUAUGGAUAGUGAUGAAGACCAAAGGGUAGUUGCUCAUUUAUCACCUCAAACCUUAUUAGAAACCCCUACAGACACAGAAGUACAAUAUUCAUUUCGAUCCCCUGAAGGCACAAUCACAUACCGUGUUCUACAAGUUGAUGAGGCAGGGGAUAGUGUGCCACAACUUGUGACGACUGGUGGAAACUUCCACAGUGCCAGUGUUCAGCAAGUCCUUACCAGUAACAUAAAUGGGCAAUUAUUUGUGAUAGGAAGUCCGGGGGAGGCGUUUACCACACAGUCGAGUGGCAGAUCGAUAGCACCCAGGGAUCAUCUGAUCGAUUCUUCAGCAUCAGUCGCUUCAAACAUAAAGAAGAGAGACGAAAGGCGCCGGGCAACGCACAACGAAGUCGAGAGACGACGCAGAGAUAAAAUCAACAAUUGGAUUACAAAAUUAUCUAAGAUCAUACCUGAAAACAACACGACCGAAAUGAAAGGGAAUGGGCAUUACGAAGGACAAUCGAAAGGCGGUAUUUUAGCCAAGGCCUGCGAGUACAUUGUAGAGUUGCAGGAGCAUCAACAAAAAGCGGAGAUAUGUAUGAAGGACAAUAAACAAUUAGGGCAAAGUGUCGAAAUUUUAAAACAGCAAAACCUAGCUUUAGAACGAGAGAAUCGAGCUUUGCGUGAUAUAUUAAAGCGAAAUGGUUUGGAACCUCCAAAAGAUGAAAGUGUUCCUUUAUCAUAGCUAUUUUUUACAAUUAAUUAUUUAAUUAAAAUCAUGCGGUUAAUUCAAUAAAUAUAUGUUAAUAUACUAUUGUUUCUGAUAAUAUAAUGUUAUGCUUGCCUUUAUUUUGUAAUGCUUACGUCUUUUUUAUACUUAUUAUUAUAUGUUAAAACUUGUAGUUAACACAACUAAUUUGUUAUGUUAGUAGUAUUGAUUUUUUUGUUUAUAUACAUAUAGUUUAUUAGAA